UAAGAACAUUUUGCAACAAGAUGGCGGCUCCAAAGAAGAGUGUGUCCGCGUUGUUUUUCCUUCGGACACUGGCUUUUUUUGUGAUAUAUUUAUCCGUCCAAGUUGAGGGUGAGUAGUUUGAAUGUAGGCCUAGGCCUUGUUAGUAUAACAUAUAAAUAUACUCGCAUACAAAUGUUUUUUGAUACCUGUGUUACUCUUAUAAAUCAGUAAGACUUACAUUCACGUAACUUACAUUUUUGCAAUUAAAUGAAGCAUGACAAGUCUUGUGCGUAGUUAUACUUUUCAUACGUAAGGGUUUUGUGUUAUCUUUAACCAGCGAGACUUCAUCUUUUAUCAAGUGUAAAACCUCGAGGAAAAUAACGUGAUGUAUUUAGUCUGCCAUUCACAAUAAGUAACUGAUUCUGUGCAUAUUUUAUGAUAAAGGAGUUUAAUAUGGUCGAAAACUACGGGACAUUUUAACGUUGCUUCUUCUAAACUAUUUCAUAUGUAGGCUUAACUGCAGAAUACCCUGCCACUUUAAAGCAACCCCUAAAACAGGUGGAUACGCGAUAUGCGGAUACUCAGUCACUACGUAUGCGUAUGCCCAAAUUUUAAUUCACUUCAGUUUUAAUUUGUGUAAAAAUCGGAGGUAGAAAAGCGCAUAGAAGGGAUAACUGCGUAUCCACGUAUCCAGCUCUAUCAGGGAUACAGCUUUGAAGUGGCAGGCUAUUCUGCAGUUACUCCCACGUGCGUCUCAUUGCGAAAAAUAAAAUGUCAUAUAGCUUUCUUACUUUGUCAAACUUGAAAAAUUCUCUUGAGAAUUCCAAAAUGUUGUAAUCAAUGCUUGUUAUCCUGUCCCAGCCUCGCAAAGUCCUAAAUACUCAUAUAUCGUCUUUACGUGUAACAUUAAAUUGUGUUGAAAUACUGAAGGGUUCAGUCAAGUCAAUUUACCAGUGUAAAAAAUGAAAAGCUGACAUUUCAACAUUUGAAGCAAGCCUUCAUUAAACGAUGGACUGAUGUAUUUGGAACAUUACAAUGUGGCUUCUCAAUCUGUUUACAAAGAAUAACUAAAAUAAUCUGUUAACUUUACUGAACUGCUGUUUUGGAUAUACUGUAGACCCUCUAUAUCAGGAAGGUAAAUGUAUAAUUAACAGCUAUUCCACAAGUGAGCGUUUUUUAAACAUUUUCCUUUUGAGGGGAAUUACUGUACAUGUAGUGUUUUUUUUUUUUCAGGGCAACCUCUAAGGCAUGAUAGAAAACCAACCUGGCAGGACCGACUGAUAGAAUGGUGGAUGUCUGUAAGAGGGUUUUGGGCAAGUCUCAUUGUUGGUGGAAUCUUGUUCUCUCAGGUGUUGGUUAAAUUAAGAGAAAGAAACAACCCUGCAGGCUCAGAAGUAAGGAUUUCACUGUCAUUAAAAGUAGUUUGGUUUUAAAAAAUAACAACAAAAACAAAACAAAUUCAAAAGUGAGUUUUCCUGCUGUAGACUUUACCAUCCAUCUGCUGGAAGGGAAAAGCAAGCAAGUUAAGAAGUUGUAAAACUAACAUUGACCACCACGUUGAGCUUAAUAAUGCAAACAUAGUAGUUAAAAGGUUUUGUCGUUAAUCAUAACUCUAACAGCAUUCUCAAAUCCGAUUGGCUAUUCAACUGUCCUGAUUUCAGUACUAGUUGAUAACAGAAGCAUGAAUUGGUAACAGAAUUUCCUGUUGUUGAAUUCGGUCUGUAAUCAUACUCGUGAUAAAACAAAUCAGACUCCCGCUAAUUGUCAUCUGAUUUUGUUAAUCACUCGUAUGAUUACAGACCGAACUGGACUCCACUCAGUCCUAUUACUGUACACUAUGUCUUACACGUACAGCUAUAGACAUAUUUUAAUUGUAUAGGCUAAACUUCAUUUUUUUCUUGACUGGUUAAGAUUAAUAAAAAUUACCCGUAAACCCAGCAUGCAAUUCUUUGACUCUCUUUCCACUCCUCUAAAACAUUGCCUGUAUAGUAAUAAUGUUUUGCAAUUUACUUAUAAUGAAUAUUCUUUUACUGUCAUGUACAGAUUUUACAGAGGGGCAUCUUUAGUCUUUCAAGAGUGUUUUUGUUUAUUUGGGUAUAAGGAAACUGAAAGGCCUACUUGUUAUAAAUAGUCAAUGAUUGGUAUGAUUUCAAUAGGAAAGUAGAGCAGCCAUUAAGGAGUCUUCAUCACUGCCACAAUCCAGGAUUGAAAAGACUAGACAAGCAUCAAGAUCUGAAGGAUUAAAAAUCUUCUUUGGAACACAGACAGGAAAGGCAAAGGUGUAAGAUUUCACCAUAAUUUCCCAAUUCUUUAGUUAAACUUCUCUGUCUCUGAAGUGGGUUCACAGAGGUAGGAGUUUCAAACUUAAGGUACAUGUACAUUAAGGAGGGCCAUCUCAGUUGACAAUUAACAGUCACAAGGCAGUCUACAGAUCAUCCACCUGUGAUAUAAUUACUGCUUAUACAUGUAGGGACUGAGGACUAAAUUUUAGCCAGGCAAUUUUGUGAGGACUUCUACCUCAACCCUCCUGCCAGCAGUUAUAGAACGAAGAUGUCAAAAAGAUAACUUUCUUUAUUUGAAAACUGGGAACCCAUGCAAAUGUAGGACACCCAGAUGCCAACCUACCUAAAACUUCCUGGACUGUUCGCGAUGGUGAGGUGUUGAAAGCAGCAGAUGGGUGAACAUGUUGCACUUUGUUUUAGAGAAAAUCAAAGUCAGGUGCUUCUGUUUUCAGAUUAUUUUACAAAGGGCACUGCCCAACUGUGCCUUGUACAUAUUAAAAAAGGGGCAAUUUUGUCAGAUGUGAAAAAUCAAUAUCAAUUUAUUUUGACAUGUGGAUGAGGAUCUUCAAAAAUGAUUUAUAGUAACGUUGUUUAAUUUAUCAUAAUAGUGCAAUGUAUUUUCUUUUUGUAGCACCUAGCACAAGGUCUACAUUCUGAGGUGAAGAAGUUGGGGCUAAAAAGUGAAGUUGUGGAUUUAAAGAACUAUGAACCAGAGGAUAGUCUUUCGGAGGAGGUAAAGAUUGUGUCAUUCUCACAGCAGUUAUCUUCAAAGCUGUGACCAAAAGUGAUAGAUGAUGUUUGAUCUACAUGUACAUGUCAGACAGCUCAGUCCUUGCCGUGAUAGUUCUUUGCAAUAGUGGCCUUGAGAUUUGACUACAAUGGCCGGAGCUUCUGGAGAACCCUGAGUAAUGAUCAUUAUGACAGAAACGAAAAAAAAUCAAACCAAAGAAAUAUUGUUACUGAUUGACAGUGUACUGAUCAUCUAGACAACAGUCAGAAUCUCUAACCACUGAACUUCAUGAAGGUCUAAACUCUCAGUGCGUUUAUUAUUACUUGUACAUUCUGGUGGGACAGUUGUAUGUUGAUAGUGUCCUGUGUGGAGAAAUGUAAAAAAUGUAGUAAAUGUAUAGUUUGGUAAAGAACACAGCUUGAAGGAACUGUUCAUCAUGUCACAUGCUAGAGGCAAAAACAAACUACAAAUCUAUGAUGUCUAAUUCACUGGUCAAAUCAAAGUUUGCAAAUUGCUAUUUUAUUAGAUCUGCUAUAAAGACAAAUACAUGAAAAUCUUAAUAGAAGCUUAUAAAGAGAAUUUAUACAUGAUUUGAAAUCUACAGGUGAACACAUGUGUGUUUAUCAUAAGCACAUAUGUGGAUGGUAAUCCACCAGAGAGUGCACAGUGGUUCUACAAGUGGUUAGAGGAAGCUUCUAAUGAUUUCCGUGUGCAAAAAUCAUUGCUUCAGGAUUUGGAAUAUGCAGUGUUUGGCCUUGGAAAUUCUCUCUAUGAUGAUAACUUUAAUAGGGUGGGUGCCUGUGAGCUUAUCUUUUAUGUUACCCUUGGAAACUGGAUAUUCUUUUCUAAGACCUGUAAUAUUGGGACAUGUGGAGGUGAGUGUGGCUGAGCAGUUAACAUCUCGAACUCCAGAUCUAGAAGUCGGGGGUUCAAGCCUUUCCAGUCGCCUUGUUUCCUUAGACAAGGAACUUAAGUCCACUUUGUCUCUCUUCGCCCAGGUGUAUAAAUGGGAACUGGUGACAUACUGCUGGGGUUUGAUCCUGCAAUGGACUAGCAUCCUGUCCAGGAGGGAGUGGCAAUACUUCUAGGCAUGCUUCAUGCUAAGGAAACCAGGAUAAGCUCUAGCUGUUUGGGCCUUUGACUUGUGUGUGCCUUUACCUUAACUUACGUUAAUACUGGGAUGCACAGCAGAAGUUACCCAACAGUAAGAGUUGUCUAUCCCUCAAUGCUGAUAAUGUUUAGACUGUUAAUGAGGAUGCAUUGUAUAAAGUGUGCACAGGUUUGGUAUUACAGUUUUUGUACAUGUGUAUAUACACCUAUACUGGGUGUAUACUCUGGUGAAAUAAUUUGAGAAAUAAUUUGGUUUCUUUAAAUUCAAAAAUCCAGGUUUCUUGAAACUCAAAUGUGAAACUUGAGUCUCAAGACUGAAUUUUCACAUCUUGAAAUUCAAUUACUGUAUUUCAUGCUUCAAGCCUUUUUCAAGAAUAAGUUUCAAAGAUUAAUAAUAUUGAGUCAAGACUUUCAACUUACAUGCAUAUCACGGCUGAAGAUUGCAUGGAUUGUCAGCCGUCUCACCCAAAUUGCUGGGGACAACAUAAAAAUUAAUGGAAAUGGACUUGCAGCCCUAAAGGAACUACAGUGGAACCUGGAUUUAACCAAGGGCCAAGGGACUGGCAAACUUUUUUUGUUUGCCAUAUUAUGGAGGUUUCGUUAUAUCAAGGUGUUUUUUCAUACAUUUUACUAUUACUGGGGUAAAGAAAAUCGUUCGUUAUACUGAGGUUUUCAUUAGAUAGAGGUUCAUUAUAUAGAGGUUCGUUAUAUCGAGAUUCCACUGUAGUUGAAAACUUUUAUGAGCUUACCUAGAGUAAGAUUCAUUUUAUUCUGUCACUCAUGAUCAGUGGCUGAUAUGUGAUGCAUUCAUACAUGCAAUGCUGGUAUCAUCUAUAUUGACAAUGAACAUGGUAUGUUUCAUACACCCUGUAGGUUGGAAGGAAUUUAGAUAAGUGGCUUGAACUGCUCAACGCCAAAAGAGUGUUUCCUUUUGGAGUAGGAGAUGAGAAUGUAGCAAAUAGCAAACAUGGAGGUACUGUACUAAGCAUUACUUGGCAAAAGUACUCAGUGAAAUUCCUUUCCUCCCUUUUGUAAGCUAUAAUAAUACAGUUGUAUGUAACACUCCUAAAGAUAUCUGUACUUGCUGACCAGCAGACAUUUUGAGUCCAGCCCUGUUACUAUAAUGUGAAUGGUAAAAUUUUUGGUCCUUUUGGUAUCUAAAAUUAUUACAUUAAGGUGACCUUAUUCUGCAUUGACUCCAUUUUAUAAUGUUUCAUUUCAGGUACAGAGAAUGAUUUUAAAUUUUGGAGUUCAAAGUUCCUGUCACACUUCAAAGAAAGUAAAGAGGGUUCAAGUCAAGGCAGUUGUCAUUGUUCUACUGAUUCUGAAUCAGCUAACAAAACGUGCCAUCAGAAGCAAGACAGGGCUGAUGAGGAGUGCAGGACCCAACAGGAUCAGGUGGGGUGGUUGGAUCAAUAUUUUUAGGACAAUCGCCUUCGACAUACAUGUAAUGAUUACCACUGGUAACAAUAUUAAUGAUGAGGUACUCAUACAGAUAGAUGCACUUAUGGUGAUCACGUCAGCAUUGUGGGUUUAGUCAUAAAAAUAGCAAUCAAUGUUAAAACAUUGACACAGUGUAUCAGAUACCCACUUUCCAUGUACAUAUACAUAUAAUGUCAGUUCAAGCCACCCGAUGUACAUAUUGCAGACACACGUCAAACCAUAUUAAUGGGGUCAGUCUAAAGAAAAGGAGUUUUUUUUAUUGACAUGGUUGAAGAAAUUCAUUCAACUGUUUCACUCUCCAGUGCUUCCUUAACUUGGACAGGAAUCUCUGUCACACAUUAUUUCUCUCCCAGGUGUUUGUUAUGGGAUCCAAUGACAUACUGCUUGAGGGCGGGGGGUGGGGGGAGUGGGGGAGGUGUACACUAUCAUAGACAAUAGUUCUCUACCGACGAGUGCCCUCGAAUUGCUAUGUUGUUUUAACAAUGUAUUAUUUUGAAUGCAUGACGAAGCAGUUCCCUUCGCCUUUACGUAUAUUUCAAGGUUUUGUAUGAGAGUACCAGUGAAGAAUCUGCAGAUGAAGAUGGUGAGCAAGAAAGUGAGGAAGGCUUGCUAGACAUGGAAGAUUUAGGACCUAUGAUGAAUAAAAUGAGAAAAACUAAGGUAACAUAUCACUGGACUGUGAUGUACCUGUGUAAAGCCUUACAACGGUACAGUGUUAACUUUACUUAAAAAAUGCUAUGAUCAGAGAGUGGCAGCUUACAAUGUAUAUUAGUUCUUUGUGUAAAAAUGGUAGAUCAACUCUAAUUCAUCUUUUUUUUGUAGGAAGAAAAAGAAGCUACAAAGCUGAAGGGACCAAAGAGAAGUAUAGGUAUGAUCAUUAUGCAUUUAAAGAAGCAAAGCGUUUAUUUCCAGCUAUGCAGUUGUGACUAAAUAUCUUGUAACUUUCACCCUAACUGUAUUGCGUUUGCUACUGUGAACACCAGACAAGAUUUUUGACAUAUUUUUGACAAGUUGGAAUGUUUGAUGUCUGGCAAGUGGCCAGUCACAGCGGAGAAAAUCUUUUUCCAGCUAUGCAGUUGUGACUAAAUAUCUUGUAACUUUGACCCUAACUGUGUUGCGCGUCCUACUGUGAACACCAAACAAGAUUUUUGACAUAUUUUUGACAAGUUGGAAUGUUUGAUGUCUGGCAAGUGGCCUAUCACAGUGGAAAAAUCUUGUAACAAGGCAGCGAAAUGACAAGUUGAUCAGCUGAGAGACUGAGAGGGUGUUUUGAGUAAACGGUAUGGUGGCUUAUCAGGUGAAGGUGAAGCACAGAGAAGAAAGGCUUUGCACUUUCUUAAUCAAAGAUAUCACUUUUGCGAAGCUUAUGCAGGAGAUGAAACGCAACUGCUUGCCACUUGCACACUUACCCUCUUCAAACAUUCGUGUACGGUAAUCCAAAGUUACAAGAGAUGGGUAAAAAAACAAAACUGGUCAAGGUGUUCAGAUGGCUGAUUUAAAUACUCUUUAGGGUGUUUGUUAAAAUCCAAAUAGGGGUUAAGGUUAUAUCCAAACCACAGUACCGCGUGUUACUUCCUAUGAUUUCCUUUUGUUAGUUCAAGGACAUUUUCUUUGCUCAUUUUUGGCAGACUUGCAGUACAUGUACUUCUAAAUUUGUCAUUUUUUACAAUACCGUUAAAACUUUUUCUUUAAGCCUGCCUUACAGACAGUCUUCACUUCAGUAUACAUGUAGUCUGACAUGUGGCCCUGAUGAAGGCUAAACUAAAAAAAUCCUGGCAUUUUAAGAUAUUGCAGAGAGUAUCUUUUCAAUCACCCACUUCUCAGUACAACAAUCCGCCCAUCCUGGCAUACCCUGUGAGUGAAGCUUCUUUUUAUCCUCUUGAGCGAGGAGCAGAAAAGGAAGCUCUGCCUAAAUUGCUGUCAAGCCUUUGAAAUUGCUGAAUCUCAAACUUUUGGACUAGUCAAUCUUGUUUUCUUUCUGUCAAACUGGUAUUCAGAGUGUGAGCGUCUGUUUAUUGAUAAACUGAUGGUCAUAACCCAGCCUGCUGUACCGAGCAUGUGGCUAUUAAUCCUUUAAGUCCCAGGAGUGACCAAUAUAAAUUUCUCUUCACAAUAUCAAUACAUUAUCAAAAGAAAAGGUCAGGAGGUUUACCAAAAUGAUCACCUCAGUGAAAACGCUUUGAUCUUUUAUCAAAUUCUCCCUACUAAUUCUUUAAGGAAAUGUAUGGAGAUCAGUUUGGAGAAUUUGUCAGUGGAUAUCGGGGCUUAAAAAGUUAAGGUUGAGCUGGAUACUGUAUCCUAGCAACAUGCUGCAGAUGCUCAGCAAAGAUCUUACUCAAUCCAUGCACAGUCUAGUUUCUUGAGUAUGCCAAACUUGAGCAAGGGAAACAACGGCUCUGCCAGCAGGAUGAUCUGGCACAGGUGAAGUUUAGGUUUAGACAAAACAGUUACACCUGUACACUACUAUUAGCGACACAGUACUUUACAGGUAAUGAUUAAUUUCUGAACUUAAUAAUAUAAAAUUAAUUUAAAAUGCAGCAUUUUGUGUUUAAUAUUUUUAUUUUUAAGGUAAAAAGAAACGUGUAGAACCUAAAGAGAUGAUUACUCCAGCAUUGGAAAAGGCUUUAACAAAGCAAGGUAUAUUUUUGAAACUUCAUCAUUACAGUUUGAACUAGGAAAAACCAUGAAAUUCCUGAACCCCAGGAAUAAUGUCUUGUCUAAGCCUCUUUCUCUUUGGUUCAAAAGCAGUUUCUGUUCUGAGUUUAGCUGGUUCUUUUAAAGUAUUCAAACAUCAAAUUGAAAGCUAAAAUUAUGUACAGGAAUUUGCUCUGUACGCAUUCAGAUCUGAAUUCAAAUUUCAUGCAACAAACCCGUAUUAUUGUUACCCAGCUUUGAAUACCCACCCUUGGGUUUAGACAGACAAAGUGUAGCAAAUAAAGUUUCUUGUCUAAGGAAACAACACGACUGGGAUACCUGAAACCUGACUUACAGAUCUGAGGUAUUAACCCCUGGCAACACAAUAAAAUUCUAGAAGUACUUCCAGUGGUAAGAGUUAAAAUAUUUAAGUAGUUUCACAUUAAAAAUGGUAAACAUAUAUGCAUUAGUCAAAGGGAAAACCACUGUUAAACUGAUAUUUUUCCAAGGUUGAGACUCUGAGGGCGUUUACCAAAAGUCUGAACUGGCAGGCCAGACCAGUCAUUUUCACCAGAUUUUUCCUAAAACCCACCACUGCCGAACACACCAUUUAGGAAUAAACUGAUCUACGUACACAGUCCUUAUUGCCCCUGCAGGGUUCGGGCCCAGAGGCCGGAACCCGAGGAGGCACCCUAAUGUCCCCGGCGUAAAGAAGAAGUAUCGUACCGUCUUACUGUUAGUAUGCGAAGCUUUCCCGAUUUGAUGAAACUAGGCACGCACGACGGUCCCGGUUAAUUUUCAGCAUGUGCGCCUGGCUCAGCAACCGCGCAAACUGGGUUUGUCAACAAGUCGCAUUCGUCGAAUUGUGUCGGACACAAUCACAACAAGUGGCUCCACGAGAUGUAUAAAAAACAAUUGUCCAUCCCAGGCAUGUCAUGUAUGAGGAUUUUCAUUAACCCAGGAAACAAAGUGUAAUAAUUGAGAAAACACAAAAGAGAACAAAAGAAUUACACUCAGAAACUCUAAUACGAAAACUGCAUUUCAAAGGUUCAUGGCAAAUACAUGGACAACCACAAGGAGUCUUCAUUCGGGUUUUAAAAGGUUGGGGGCAGAUUUAGUGACAACUAUAACUAGUUAAUAGUGGAAUUCCCUUUACAAUUGACUGGUCUGGCUGGCCAGUUCUAGUAAUCGAAAAGCACUCUUUGAUUUCUAAAAGUCUUUUUCAUUUUGUCCUUCCCAGGGUAUCGUUUGAUUGGAACUCACUCUGGAGUUAAGCUUUGUAGGUGGACAAAGGUGAGGUCCCGUUUGAUUUAAACUCAUCUUCAACUGAUUGGGCAUUAGAAUGGAGAAGGUUGGGGCUAAAACAACCUGCAAAGUUUUAGACGCAGAUGCACAGGUCUGAGCCGUGGCACAAUGUAAAUGAGCCCUGCCAACUUGUGGGACACCCCACAGUCUAGUGCAUGGAUGGCUAAAACAGACUUUGUUUCCAGUGUUCUCUCCUACUUGUUCCUUGUGGAAUGAGAAUGUGACACAGGGACAAGUAUGAAAGAAACCUGGGAACGAGGUUGGGGUAAAACCACUGGCGGCAUUGGCCCGAGGUAGACUUACCUAGAUUUCAUGUAACCACCUUUAAAAUUUGAAUGGGGACACCCUCUAUGGGCCACAGUGUAUUACGGAAUUUCCAUUUUAUUAAAACCUAAAUACAAGCUAUUUUGUAUCAUUUGUAUACAGAGGAUGAGAGAAUCGUACGUAACUGACGCAUCUUUUGUGUUUGCAGUCUAUGUUGAGAGGUCGUGGUGGCUGCUACAAACAUACCUUUUAUGGUAUUGAAAGUCAUCGAUGUAUGGAGACCACGCCAAGCUUGGCUUGUGCAAAUAAAUGUGUUUUUUGCUGGAGGUAUGUGUGCGCGUAUUGGCUUAGGUGGCUGUAAGUGAGGUUGUAGAAAGGGAGCUUUCGGACAGCAGCCAGACCCUCGAUAAAAGUUUUAGACAGGGAACAAUGGUGGCACAGUGGUGAGAGCACUCGCCUCCCACCAAAGUGGCCCGGGCUCAAAUUCCGGCGUCAACGCCAUACGUUGGUUGAGUUUGUUGUUUGUUCUCUCCUUUGCUCCGGGAGGUUUUUCUCCGGGUACUCCGGUUUUCCCCUCUCCUCAAAAAACCCACAUUUCUAAAUUCCAAUUCGACCAGGAAUCAGGUAGACACCUGUAGACGAAGAACCACUUUGUGGAUGUGCUAUCUCCAAAUCGUUAUUUAUUUAUUUGUUAUUUUAUUUAGACGUUUGAAUAGUCUCCCUUAACGUUGCGUGACGAGGCAACAACAGCUGCGUGGGAGACUACGCCUUGGACUUUUACUUUUAUUAUUAUUUUGCUGUUAAGAGAAAUUUUAUUGUUUGCUCUCCAACUGUUUUACAGACAUCACACCAACCCUGUUGGAACAGAGUGGAAAUGGAAGAUGGAUGAUCCAGAUACAAUUGUUAAUGGCGCCAUGGACAAUCACCGUAACAUGAUUAAACAGUUCAGAGGUACAAAGGGCCCUCGUCAAUGUUUAAAUAAUGAGCUAUCUUGAUUUGAAGCCAUACUGUAAAUUGACUAACCUGUGAACAGGUAUCUGCGCCACAAACGGAAGUAAACGUUUGAUUAAGUCCGUCCGCGAAACGGCGCUGAAAUCCUUGUUCUGGGGCCCCGACUGUGUACCUCGAUUUGAGUACGCGUCAUAAUGAGCCUGUUAAAAACGCCACUAUCGAUUUGCCAAUCAGGUUGGAGAGAUAUUCGAAACGCAUUUCCGAUAAUUCUUUGAGUCUGUUGGGGACAAGGAACAUUAUAUCGGCAUUACUUUAGCGUGUUCACAGAUCCUCUAUUUUCUCUUUAAAGUCCGUCGAGCGCGGGUGAUAAGAUGUAAACCGGAAGGGAUUUAUCGACCGCCAGUGCAAGGGGGUAGGGGUGGGUGAAAAAGAAAAUUUUUCUAUCUCGCGCUCCGCGCUGGUUCUCGCGCAAUCGCUUCGCUCUCGAGCUCGCCGAUGUUUUCGAACAGAACGAAAAGAAAAAUAAAACAACGUCUGUGUACAGGCUAGCAUUGCUUCACAGACGUUACUAACCAGGGUUAGAUCAUGUCUGCUACGCAGGCUAGUGAAUAGGCUCCUGGCGAAGUAAGGUGAAGGACGCUCGCGCUUUCUAGCUUUCUCGACGUUUUGUAGUUCACAAGAGUCAGCUUGUUCACAGGUUGUGAAUGGACAUUACAGUAACCGUGGUGUCUGCCUUGUAAUGAAUAUAGACCUGUAGAUGCGAGGACAAGGACGACCACGAUUCUCGUAUUUUACAAUUAUAGACACCCCGGAAAGCUUCAUUGUACUUCUUUCACCAGAAAAGUCAGCACGUUUAUUUUUAUGGAAGGAGUUUAAGCCCUCACCCGAGCACAAUAUGAUAAAACUAGUAACAUUUGAUAACUUGUUUCCACCAUUACGACAUUUUCCUAAACCCGUAGUAGAAUGACGAUGUCUAUCAUGUUUUCCCGCCAAAAUAACGCUGGUUCACGCGCGCGCACUACGUAGUAUUGAGAAAAUCUCGUCCUCGUAGUCGUCCUUGUCAUAGAAUCUAAAGGUCUUUAUUGUAGUGGACAGACACUGUCGUAACUACCCCCUUAAUGACUUCCGUCUUAAAAAGGAUGACGAUGUGUGCUAUUAGGGAGAUUAAGCAUCGCAUUUAGGGCAAACGGCAAAGAUGAGAUUCAAGUUGAGAAAUUUUCAAAAUGAGUAAUAAGCGGAUAAAAACAGCUUAAAACAACUCUUAUGGAUAAAAUUGGCGUGAAUCCACCGAUUUUCGUGUAGUUAUAAUGAACAGUAAACGACGAGUAGAUGGAAAACUUGGUCACGUGGUACAAAUUCACGUUUGCGGUUUGACGUAAAGGUAAUGUUUAAUCUCUAUAUUAAUUUAUUCAUACAUACCCGACGUUCUUACGGAAAGAAAGCUAACACCUUUUUCACUAGCUAUUGAAUCAUCCUCCAGUACAAAAGGUUAGAACUGUUUGGCCAACAUUUAACGGCCUCCCACGCAGAGUACUUUUGACUCGUCACGCAGUCCUAUCUCUCUUUGCCAAAGACGAAUAGGAAAGAACCGUGGGAACGAGGUUGAUCCUCCCCAUAAACGGACGUUCACGGGGAAGGAAUGCGUGAUGAAGCGCUAAGAAUGUUCGUGGGAAGCUGAAAAUUUAAGUUUUAUUCCAUUUACGUCCUGACCAUCUACACAAGUGCUUCUUAAUGUCCUUAGAGUCAGCUCUCUCAACGGCAACUCAGUUUCAGUCGAAUGAUACAUGUAAUUUAAUGGCAAAGGAGGUGAUUCCUGCGGACAAGAGAAUCAUAGCUGCCAAUUUUCUAAUCCGUGCCCUGCUAAAAAAAGAAAUAUUUCGGUACUCAUAAAAUAUAUUCACUCAAUGAAUACAAAAACAGAUCCUUUGAGCACACGCCCAUAGAACAAUAAUGUUUUAUUUGUACCAUUUUCAGGAGUUCCUGGCGUUAAACCCGAACGAUUUGAAGAAGGAAUGAAGAUAAAACAUUGUGCACUCUCACUUGUGGGUAAGAAACAUUUUGUUGUAAUACUAAAUUGGUUUUCCUGUGAGAAGGGACUUUUGCAAGUACGUUUGUCAGAGGAAAAGAAAGAGAACUGCAUGCUAGAGGAAGCAUUUAAGAUAUUGAAUUAGAAGAGUAAGUUCUGCUUCUUUGAGACGCCAAAAAAGUACGUGUAUUUUUAAAACACUUCAGCGUCUAUUAAAUUAGUACUUAAGGUGAAUUUCAGCUGCGUUUACAUGUAUAAGAUUAAAAGAAGCUAUGUAUUGACUUAAAAAAAAUGGACGACUUGCAGACGCUUUCCUUUAUCUAAAGCUGAGUAACACAUGCUCAGUUGGGGCGCAACGGUCCAGUUCUGCUUCUCGCCUUUUUCGCGUAGGGUGAUUUUCACGCGCGCUUGCGUUUGGCUCCCUGUAAUAUCCCUGAGGAAAAUGGGGACUACUCGUAGUCUAGCUAUGGGAUGACAUCCGAGUGGAGAUUCGAGUUAUCGUGGUAAAUUUCUGUGAAUUUUUGAUGACGGGAAAGGAAAUUUAUUUUGAGUUAGCGGGGAAUUCUAGUUAUCAGAGUCCGAGUUAACUGAGUAAAAAUGACUGAUAAGCGGGGUGAAAUUUAAGGGAAAUGGGACUUGGUUCGAGUUAGCGGGGAGUUCGAGUUAUCCGAGUUAUAGUUAUCGGGGUCCUACUGCAUAUAUGAUUUGCGCCUCGUUGGCUAUAAUCUUACUUCAUUUCUUAAGAGCGAACAGAAGAUAAUUUGUUGGGUGCCUUUUAUGAUUUUAGAAUAGCAGCUCAAUUACCACGACUUCUAAGCCAAUCAAAUCUCUGAUAAUGCCGCAUUAUCCAAUGAUAAGCGGCAUUCUAACGUUUAGAGUGCCUAAGCCAGGUAUGUGAUAACUAUACGGAUUACCCAAAUAACUGUUUUAACAGUUGUUUUGUUUCAAAGGUGAACCUAUAAUGUAUCCAAGAAUAAACGAGCUUGUCAGAAUUCUUCACGGACAUGAAAUUUCUUCUUUUCUCGUCACAAAUGCACAGUUUCCUGAUGCUAUAAGGUGGGUGGUCGGUAGUUUGUUGUAAUAUUAUUUUUAAAUUCUCCUUUUGCGUUUAUUUAUCAUUUUUCUUGCAUGUCGCCUUUCCUUCUGGGAGGCGAUUUUGCGCGCGCUUUGCACGCUCGCGUGUUUUGCUUGCUGUACUAUUUCUGGGGGAAAUAAGCGACUUCUUGUAAUCGCCUGUACUUAAGUUAAUUCUGUUUAUUUCUGAAUGUCCGUAUUGAUAAAAUCAUAACAAAGUAAAGAUUGUUACUGAACAUCACAAAAUCACACUUUCAGAGAGCAAAAUACUGCUUCCCAUUCAGUAUGGAUGUAGUCAUGGAAAGUGCCGUUUGCAAGGCAAAGGAGGACCCUCAUUUCUUAGUUAAUUUAAAAUCCUAGGUGUUGGUCCGUGCAAGGAGAUCGAACCCGUUAUUUCCCGCUUUUCCGACUGAGCUAGCCUGAGAAAACAGCCCACAUUUCGCGACGCCACCACUUGUUUCCCCGCGAAAUGACGUCUGAGGAACGAGCGCAGAAAUUCCACACUGAUGACGCGUCACUACCUAGAUCUGGGUAGUGCUUUGGAUUGGUUGAAUCAAAUUUCCCACGCGGCACGACCAAUCAGAAGCACUACCCAGAUCUGGGUAGUGACGCGUCAUCAGUAUGGAAUUCAUGCCCUCGUUUCUCAGACGUCAUUUGGCGGGAAAACCAGUGGUAGCGUCGCCAAAUGUCGGCUGUUUUCUCAAGCUACCGACUGAGCUAGUCAUGCAGGUGUUUAAGCAAAGGUGUUUUUGAGCGGCGCACGCCAACCGAAUGUGAAACCUUUUCUCUUCUAAUAUGCCUUGACGCUACCAGAUUUGUAUUGCUGAGCGUCCCUACUCUCAUAAGGACCAUCUGCCCGAAAAUUUGGGCGAAAAUUAAUAAUGCAAAAAAGUCCACAUUCGGCUGACGGUGUCGCUCAAAAACGUCUUUGCUUAAGCUCAAUCUGAACGGGGAACCUCCGGCCGUAGUGGAUCGUGUGGGUCUUGCGUACCAGCGCCUUAUCUUUACCUUGGCUCUCCUUACAGUGCUUCAUGUUUACAAUAAAACGUGAACGUUUACAAUAAACCGUUUUUUCCUUCAGAAAUCUCAUUCCAGUAACCCAGUUGUACGUGAGCGUGGACGCCAGCACAAAAGAAAGUCUAAAGAAAAUUGACCGUCCUCUCUUCAGGGAUUUCUGGCCUCGGUUUUUGGAUAGUCUCAAGGCUUUAUCAGAAAAGGUUUGAUACUGCUCAUAAUAAAGUUGCGCGUAAGACUGGGUUAGCGGUGCUGUGUCCAGUGGGACGCUCUUAGGGACGCUUGCGCUUCUUUCAUUGGCUAUUGCGACUAUCACUAUUUUUAAAAUUCGUCCCUCAAAACGGUCUCAUAAUGCAUUUCGACACAGGACCGGCCCCGUCGCGUAGCCUCAAAAUGGCCAGGGCCCAGGUAGUUGUUCGAAGGCAGAUUAGCGCUAACUCGCGGUUAAAUUUUCUUUUGCUAUUCUUUUGCUUUUGCUCAAAAGGAUUGUCUCGGAUAACUACUAUAUCUCUAUUCUUUUUAGAGCAUCCAGUCAUUAAAUUGUAGACAAAAAGAAUUUUAUAAACUAAAUUUACUUUUUAACCUUUCAUAUCUGUUUUCAAAUUUUGCACUAAGGUUACAAUAUCUUAACCCAGCUUUUAACAACCUGGUCCAGUAUUGCUACAUGACGUGGCAUGCUAAAGAACAGGAAUAUUCCGUAUCAACUUUAGUACAAAAUCCUUUUUUACGAAGCAAGUCCUCGAGCCUGUUGAUGUGAUCGCUCCUCACCAAACUGUCUCGGCUUAGGUUUUUUUGGAAAACUGCCCACGUACCCCCCCCCCCCCCCACCCCACCAUUUGCCCCUAUGGGGAAACAACGGAAAAAGGUUGGCUUCGGGGAGGGGUGGGGGGGCAGUUUCGCAAAACCUUUAUUUGUUUGGGUUUUUUUGCUUUUUUUUUUGGGAAGUACAAAAAAAAGAAAAUUUCCCAUUCACAUUAUAUAAAAAAUCCUUUUUACCAAAGACAGCCCCCGGGCCUGUUGUUGUUACCCCCCCCCCCCAAACUUCCCCGCCUUAGUUUUUUUUGGAAAACCCCCCCCGUCCCCCCCCCCCCCCCCAAGCCAACAUUUUGCCCUAAGUGAGAACUAAGUGAUAAUGUUGGCUUAGGGGAGGGGUAGGUGGGCAGUUUCUCAGAAACCUUAAUUGAUUCGGUUUUUUUGCCUUGUAUUUCCGUGUUAUACAUACAGUAUAUGAAAAAUGUUGUUGUCGUUGUUGUUAAUACAGGACGCAUUCGAUGCCAGCCACUCUAAAGGCCUACAUGGCCUACAAGGUAACUGUUUACUAAAAUAUUUUCUUUUUAGGGUCAGAGAACUGUAUAUCGCCUGACUUUGGUGAAAUCGUGGAACAGCGAAGAACUCCAAAACUAUGCUGACUUGGUAUCUGUUGGUCAGCCCGACUUUAUUGAAGUAAAGGUAACUUAGUACGAGCACAUUUUACGUAUAGCGUAGAGAAUAUACACAACUGGAACGCGCCGAAAAUUGGCAACUUAUGCCGCAGGAAGUAAAACAAAAGAGUACCGUAAACUGUCGCUCAUACGCUCCCCCGUUUAUAAGCCGAUCUAACUGUAAAGAAAAAAUACAUCAGAUUAAAUGAGCCCCCUCCUCUCCUAAUGUAUUGAAAUGAAUUACAACAACAACGACGACGACAACAACAAUUUUUUUAAAAAAAUUCAACACUAUAACUAAUUUAUAAUUUUCCCACCCGUAAAUAUCCUAGGGACUAAGAGGAAGAGGACAGACAGUUCGAUUUAAUAUGACGGUUUGAAGCUUAAUUAAACACCAGCAAGAGAUCAUAAUUGGACUGACACCAGUACAUGUAAAACAUAUUUUAAUCAGCACUGCUUUAGCGUGUUUCGAAGCGCUUUUCCUAUUCCGGUUAUAAAUCCCCUAGGAUAAAAGCCCCUCGGUUUAUAUGCCCUGCUAAAACCCCUUUCGAAGAUGUGUAAGCCCAGGGCGUUUAAGCGGCAGUUUACGGUAUUUGCCCUAUUAAGUGUCGUCAUCAUUAAUAGGGAACUUAAGCAAGGUCGUUUUUGAGUGACGCGCGUCAACCGGAAGUGGUCGUUUUGCGUUACUGGGCAGCAAUUUUUCCCAAAUUUUCUGGCAAUUCGUCUCAGUAAAGGUAAGAAUACAUAGCAAGACACAUUUGGUAGCGUCAAGGUAUGUUAAAAGAGAAAAGGCCUUACUUCCGGUUGACGUGCGUGGUCCAAAAACGUCUUUUUUUAAGCUCACUAAUUGACUGCUUGUACACGGUGCCAUACCAGUGUAAACUUUUCAUAUCCGCCCGAGAAACUUAACUUAAUGUUCCAUAUGUAAACCUGUCGUAGACGUUAGCUAAACAGCUCUUUCUCGUUUCAGGGUGUAACGUACUGUGGGGAGUCUAAAGCGUCAACUCUAACAAUGGAGAAUGUACCGUGGCAUGAAGAGGUAUUUGUAGGGACUGAAUAAGAAAUCUUAGGUAAAAUUAGUUCAUAACAAUGACUUGAUGCCCUUUUCCCUACUCUUAGGGCGCCUUCCAUUUGUCAGAAGUGACCGGUCAGACCAUUCUCGUCGCAAUGAUAAUUUCCCUUUUAAUCAAAACUCUCCAGCCAGAUCAGUCAAAUCCUGAAUAGUAUGGAAAGAGAUGGUUUUUAGCAAAAGCUCUUGAAAAAAGCCUAUUUUAUCUUCAAAUUGACUGGUCGGGCAAUGGUCCGGCCAGCCAGUCCUGACAAAUGGAAAGCGCCCUUAGUGAAUCCUUUCACUGCUAAUAAUAGCCUGCGAACGCAGACGUAUUUCUGGUCGUUGCUUCUCUCGUCUGUAUUCGCACGCUAUGCUGAUAAGAGCCAAAGUAAAAAAUAAUAUUUGAAUAGGUACACCAUUCGGGAUUUUGUCCGCAGAUGCAUGCAAAAGUUGGAAUGACAAAUAAUCUGACCAUUAAUCAGUCUAGAAGGGAAAGGAUUACGGUUCCUUUGUAGUUUUCUGUGUGGAUAACAUUGAAUAAGUGACAAGUAAAAAAAUUCUGCAAACCAACUUAGCACCAGAAAGUGCUAGAACGUUUGUUGCAAACAAACUUUAUCAAAUAAAACUGUAUUUCUUUGGAUUAUAUUCCUCAGGUUAUCGGCUUCGUUCAGCAGCUCGCUGACUUGCUGCCUGAUUACGAGAUCGCUUGUGAACACGAACAUUCCAAUUGCCUCCUCAUUGCUCAUAAAAAGGUACGAUUUAACUUUGUUCAAGGCUAGAACAUUCCUUUCUCUCUUAUCUUCUCUUUUUGUUCUCUUUCACGAUGUGCUUGCACAUGUUUGUUUCCAAGGAAGCUUCUUGUUUUUUGCUAUUGUAAAUUUCUCCAUGAUUUCUCUAAGUCUUUUAAUGCCUGAUAACUACUUAAUACAUUUGCAUCAUCCCUGCCAUAAGUGUUCAUGUAAAAUAUCAUGAGCUGUACCAGUCUUUGAGUACCAGUCUUUUAAUGUCUGAUGUCUACUUACUCUUACACCACAAGUACGUUUGUAAAACCCCGCGACUAAGAAUCUGGAUAUUUCCAAGUUACCCUAAACAGGUUCUUAUGUAAAUGGUGGUUAGCACAAGUUUAGCCUAUUUAGAUUCUUAAAUAGGUUCUUAUUUUCUGAAGAAAAAAAAAGACAGUAUAGCUAAGAGUAUUCAGUGUUUCAGCUUAUUCCUCGAAUAAAACCUGCAUACCUUACAUUGCAGUUGGAGUGAUGAGGCACCUUUGUCUCCAAAGAAGAUUCUGAAUAUUGACUUAUCUUCUUUGCCCAAGUGUACAGAAUUUUUUCAUAGAUCAGUUUUAGAAAUAAGAACCUGUUUCAAAUGUUAGGCUUAACAGAUUCUUAUAUAGAGAGGGCUUAACUGGCGAAUUUUAGCCUAACAGGUUCUUAAAAUGUCGGUUCUUAGUUGCUGGGUUUUAAUGCAUUUCAGAAGCAGUACCAGACAACUUAUUUUGGAAUCUAAAAAGGAUUAUUGUCUCUUGCUUCAAAUAUACAAGAGGGCUAGUUAUCUUGAUCCGGAAAAUUGUAGGUACUUACAAGGGAUUUCACUGUAUUUGCAGUUCAAGAAAGAUGACGGCUGGUAUACGUGGAUCGACUACCCAGUAUUUCACCAGUUGGUGAGUUUCGGCAUUCUAUGUAUUUCUUCCUCUUUUGAUUUGAUUGAGCACCAUUCAUGUCAAACCUUUGGCUAUAAAAGCAGUUUAAUAUUUUUUGUCCAUAAAACCAAUUUACCGCAAACGGAGCACAAGUCCGAGCUUUUUUCGGUUUUCAAUUUUUACUGAUUUUGAAUUUGUUAAACCUGCAAUGUAUAUUGUUAUUUUAAACAUGUUAAGAAACUCAUUCAUUGUAGUAUGUGUAUAAUGGCUGGUUUAUCAUUUAUCUCAAACGAUAAUUGGUGAUCGCGGCGUUUUGAGUGCGUACUUCAUCAGGCGAUUUGUGAUAGUCGUCAUGGAAUUUAUCCAGCGAGUGUUCUUAGGGCCUGUUUACAUAGAGAUGGGGGACCCCAGGUAGGUGAGGUAACCGGCAGCGAGUCACCCCACCUAUCCUGUAAAUGUGAUCCAAUCAAAAUAAGAGAUAUGGACAGGUGGGUUACCCCACCUAAGCGGGUUAUCUCACCUACCUGGGGACUCCCACCUCCAUGUAAACAGGCCCUUGGUUAUAAUCGAGGUUUGAACCUAGGGCUUCUCUUUGCUCUAGUAACAAAAGAUCUUGUAGAUUGAAUAUUCGCUUUGGUGAAUUAAGGGGGAUAAAUCACGUUUUCUUAUCGGAAAAAAUAAAUCGAUAAAGCCAUAGGCAACCAACAAACUUUCUUUCAUUGAAAGUUAUUUUACAAAAGCUGUGAAAAAUUCUCUAUUGGCUCACCCACCAGGUUGUCCAAUACACCUGCACUGUAACGGUCCGUAGAUUUGAAGAGUGCUUGUUUAGCUUUACGAUUUACGUAACGACGAAUUUACGAUCCGUAUCAAUCAAGUAUACGGACCGUUACCAUCUGUACGGAUCGAACUGAUCGUACGAAUCAUAACACGCUGUUCAUUGAUACAAUAAUGAGAUACACGCUUCGUAUGUGCUCAGAAUACGGGCUCUUGGUAGCUUUUGACGGUUUGUAAGGAGUGACGAUCCGUCAACUGCUCUUAACGGUCCGUAACAGUGCGGCAGUAUUGAACAUGACUGGAGGUUCAUGGCUCUACAUUUAAUUAACUUGUUUGUAACUUUUCCCAAUAGAUGCAGAAAUAUGAAGAAAGCAAUGGAACAGAGAGUUUUACUGCCUUAGACUACAUGGCCAAGACUCCUGAUUGGGCUCUAAUGGGGCAUGCGCAAAGGGGUUUUGACCCGCAGGAGACAAGAUGGCACCGCAAGAAAAAGAAAGACAUCAGUGGCUGUUAAACAAGCCUUCAAUUUCAGCGAAUAUAAUUAAAUUACGAGCCCUAAGGUCUUUUGCCGGUAUCAAUGGCCCUAUCUGUUGAUACAAAUUUCUGACCGCUCGAACUAGAAAUUGUUUUCCCAGUGAUAGAUGCAUCGGAGGGUCCAAACCCCCGGGGGAAGGAG